AUGAAUAAAGACUCACGCUAUGCAUAUGUAACAAUUAAAAUUUCCUAAUGAAGACGAAAUCCUCAAUGUCACCAAAUAAGAAUUUAAGACAAUCUGAAUAGAGUGCUCAAACUUAUUCCACUGGUUUUACAAAAAAAAACACUUUCAAGGCCACCUAAUAAAAUUAAGCAGCUCUUAUAAGUUAACUUCCAGAGAUUUAAAAAAAAAGGAAUAAAAAUGAAGCAUUUGUGCAUUCAUAAGAAUUUUAAGAAAUUCUUUAAAUUGAAUAAGAUGAAAGGUAUAAAUUUAUAAACAUAGAAAGAUAUCGAUAUUUAAUAAAAAAUGGCACAAUUAAGAAAAUUGAAAAUGGAGGCAAUAUAAUAUUUUCUGAAUUGUAAUAAAUACCAGGCAUAUGGGUAUGUUAUAGAAGACCAUAAGAGAGAUAAGCAAAUGCAGAAAAAUUAAGUUUAGAUUGGCUUGAUUUAUCACAUAUGCCAUUAUUGGAAGGUGAAGAAAAAUUGAAAAUAUUAACAUUUCAACAUAAUCGAAUUGGCACAAUUUAAAAUUUAGUUUCUUUACCUAAUUUAUUGUAUUUAGAUUUAUAUGAUAAUCAAAUUAAGGAGAUAGAAGAAUUAAAAUAAGUGUAAAAAUUAAAAGUUUUGUUAUUACCAAAAAAUUAAAUACGAAAAAUUCAAAAUUUAGAAUAUUUAUAAAAAUUAGAAGUGUUGGAUUUACACAGUAAUAAGAUAACAAAUUUGGAAGGUUUAAAUAAAUUAAAAAACUUAAAAGUAUUGAAUCUAGGAAACAAUUUAAUCUAAAAACUUGAAGGUAUGGAAGAGUUAACUUCACUAAAUGAAUUAAAUUUGAAAAUAAAUUAGAUUGAAUUUAUAGAUCAUAUCUAAGGUAAUUAAUAUAAUAAUAUAAUUGUUAGUACUUCCAUAAUUAUAAAAAUUAUUUUUAUCUUAAAAUAAAAUAAAUUAAUAUCCAUUUAUUUUUGAUUUAUUGGAAUUAUCAUUAGAAAAUAAUCCAAUAUCAUAAAAUAAAUCUGAAUAUUAUAAAUAUAUUUGUUCAAAUUAUGAAAAAUUACGAAUAUUGGAUGGAAAAUCAGUAGAAUUAAUUAAAUAAGAUAUUUAAUAUUUAGAAAUUCCUAAAAGUGAACCAAUAAAAAAAAAGAAUUUGAAUUAAAUGGUUUAAUAAUAAUAAUAAAAGAAACCAUAAAAAUUAUAUUAAUUUGGAUUAGAGAUUUAAGGUGUAGGUCAAGAUUCUAAAUUAAAGGAUGAUAUAAAUCCAAUUUAAUUAUCAAAAAAAGAUGUAAACAGUUCAAAAAAUUAAACAAAAGAUGUUUAAUUAAGUCACAAAAAUUCUAUGUCAUCAAAUGGAACUGAAGAUGAAAUAAUAUCUUUGAUUAAAAAGUAAUGGAUUCAAGAAAGUAAAAGGAUUUAAGAAUUAGAAUAAUAAAAUUAAUUAAAUUCUAAAAGUUGUUUAGAACAUUAAAUUUUAGAAGGAGGACAUGCUGAAGUAGAGGAUGUAUAAUUUAAUAUAAUUUUAGGAUACAUUUUUAUUAAUUUAUGGAACAGCAGCAGGAAUGGUGCUGCCAACUUAAAAUUUUAAUCAAAUAAUUGAAAAAAUUCAUUUUCAAUAUAUGUUUUUCGAUUCACUUAUUGACUCAUAAUUAUAAGUAAUAAAAGAAUAUACAAAAUUAAAAGAAAUAAUUUUAAAAGAUAAUUAUAUAAAUAGUCUACUUUAAUUAGCAAAAUUAGAAGUAUUAUAAUUAGAUUAAUUUUAGCAUUUAAUAGAUAUAUAGAAAAUAACAAUUUAGAAUAAUCAAAUUAAUAAUUGUUCUUUUAUGUUUUCGUUUCUUGUAUAUAGAAUUCCUACAUUAAUUCAAAUUAAUAAUAAGGAUGUAAGAAAUGAGGAUCGAUAGAAAGUAUUGUUUAUUGGCAUUUAACAAAGGCAAAAUUACUUUUCUCGAAUUUCGAUAAAGCAUUAAUCAUGCAUGAAAAAGGAUAGAAUAGUGAUAACUUUAGAUAAUUGAAAAGCUAUCAAAAAAAUAGACAAUAUAUUAAAACAUAUCAGAAAGCAUUAAAUGAAGUUGUAUUUUAAUAAAAAAUAGUUAUCAAUUAAAAGAAAUUAGUAAUAAUUUUAAUUUAUUUAGUUUGAUAAUAUGUUUGAAAAUUACCUAAAUUAAAUAAUCGAAGUAUGCAACAAUAAGGAAAAAUGA